AUGCAUUUUCGGCUUUCAGUUGUAUUUAACUCCGAACACCCGGUUGUCCUUAGUCUCAUUCGGUGGAAACAUAAAGAGUUAGGACAUUGUGGCGUACAAUUGCUUAUGUCAGCGCUUCGAGAAAAAUACUGGAUUUUGAAGAGCCGGAAAACCAUUAAGAAGGCAAUCAAGUCCUGUAUUUUGUGUCGAAGAUUCAACUCUAAACCGCCCGAAGUUCGGGAAAGUGUUUUACCGGAAAAUCGUGUAAAAGAUGCAUCAGUUUUCGAAAUUCUAGGAAUAGAUCUAGCUGGACCCUUGAUCCUCAAAGAUAACUCAAAGGUUUGGAUUUUGAUUUUCACCUGUGCUGUUUUUAGAGCUGUUCAUUUUAAGAUGUUGACUUCAGUGUCUACAGACAACUUUCUUUUGGGGUUAAGGAGAUUCAUCGCGAGAAGAGGCAGACCAUCAAUUAUCUAUUCCGAUAACGGCAAGAACUUUGUUGGCGCAAAAAAUCAAUUAAGCAGGAUUGAUUGGAAAAAGAUUCAAGAUGAAACUACUGCUUCUAUUGCUUGGAUUUUUAUCCCCCCUUCUGCUCCCUGGUGGGGAGGAUUUUGGGAGAGGUUAGUAGGAGUUUUGAAGAUAAUUUUAAGAAAUGUUUUGGGUUUAACAUCGUUGAAUUCUGAAGAGAUGUUAACAGUCCUCUGCGAUUGUGAGAGUAUCAUAAAUUCGCGACCGUUGACAUACGUUAGUGAUGACGUUCAAGAUCUUACCCCGAUUACACCUAUGUUUUUGCAAGAGAUUAGAGAAAUCGGUGUUCCAGACUUAGAUGCGCUGGAUCAUCAAAAAUUAAAUAAACGUCACGCGUAUACACAAAAAAUACGAAAAGAUCUCCGUUCGAGAUUUUGA